GGCUCCCAUUUAUUAUCUUGACGUUUUAACUGGACGGAGACGAGAAGUGAUCGUAUUGUUUUUGGAUUUUGAUUUGCGAAGGUGUGUAUACGAAGCAUCUCUUCCGAGAGUUUUGGCGGUUGAAGUUGCUCAACUAAUUCUUUGGUGAUAUAACUGGUUUGGCUGCCCGAAUCAAAGAAAACCAUAGCCGGAAUUCCUUCUUUAGGACCUCCCAAACACGAGACUUGGAUGUUUAGAGUCAUUAGAUGUGUUUUAUUCUCAUUUUUUAUUAGAUCGGCAUUAAAAUAUGUAACUGAACUAGACGAAUUAGACGUAUUGUCGACAUCUUCAUUUAUUACCUGCUCCUUUUCUUCAGACUCUUCAUUAAUGACACUCAGGGUCGUUACUGGUUUGUGAUUGUUUAGUGUCGUCGCGUUUGCACCAGUUAAUUUUGGUCUGAAAUUGUUAUUUUGUCGAUUUUGAAAUGAAUUUUGACGGGGGUUUUGAUCGGGUUGCCUUAAAUUUCUUGUUUGUCGAAUUUGUAUAGACUGAUUAAUUGGCUGGAGAUGGGCAUUAACUUUAGAACAAAUAAUGAAAUGAUGGUCUAAACUUCCACAAUUUCUGCAAGAGGACGACCGUGGACAUUGUUCCGUCGAGUGACUCUGCAGUAAGCAUUUUAAACAUCUUUUUUGCUCUUCUA